UUGAGAAUAGACAGAAAGUUACAUUCCAUUCUCAUCUGCCCACAAUGCCUGUUCUGUACAACCCCCAAACGCAAGAGCCGUACCUGCGUCUCCCGGCUCCCCUGAGACAAAUCAUCAUCACGCCCCACCGACCGCAUCAACUCGAAGAGACCAUCGCCGCCAAACUCCCUCUCCUCAAUGAUCCACGCAUCUACCUGAACCUAACCGGCUCUCCAUUUCCGUAUCUUCGCGAGCACGCGGAGGCAUGGAUGAACACCCAAAUCGCUGCUGCAGAGCCAGUUCUGCAGGCCCUGCGCACUGAAUUCGAGACCUCGGUUCAGGGGCAACGAUACUUUGGCUUGUGUCCGUUCACAGUCAUUCGGGAAGUUACAGAAGAAGAUCCUGAGACUGGUCAUCCGCUGAAAGAUACUCUGAUCGGGGACAUUGGAAUUGCACGCUACCAGUUCUACGAGUACCGCCAAGGUAGCGCGGAGCGAGCCGAGGCGCAGCGGCUGAAUGGGGACUUACCGGCGGGAGACGAAAGAAUUGUAUGGGCGAUUGGCAAUUUUCUGGCACCUUCUUAUCACGGCCGCGGGAUAAUGAGUCUGGCCCUGCGCACGCUGAUCCAGGACUGGGGGGUGCCGCGGAUGAAUGUGAAGCAUCUCAAGGCCGCGGCGUUUGAGGAAAACAUCGGUAGCAUUCGUGUCUUCGAGAAGAAUAAUUUCGAAGUCACGCAGACACUGAAAGAUUGGGAGCCCUAUCCAGAGAAUAGAGGUGGGGGGUGGAAGUCGCUGGUGCUCGUUAGCUGGCGGGGACUCUGACCAUCAUUGCGUUUGCUUUUUCGAGCGUGAUUUGCGAGCGUUAUCAUUGAGAAUUUUUUUACAUGGUAGUCGUCCUAUGCGACUUGAUGUUUGCCUACAUACGUCUUGGUCCUGCCCAGUGAGCAUACCGUACUACGUUCAAUGUCUACUUGGAGUUUCCUCGCUUUCGCUUGGAAACCCAGCCGUAUGCCUCAG